GUUUUUCUAACAUUGCUUUGUUAAACCUUCGAUGUGUGAAAACUACCAAAGGUAACCUCAAUUUCAAAGAUCAGACUUGCUUUAAAGGAUCUUCCAUGUGACCCAAAAGUUCCAUGAUGCAUCUCAAGCUGCAUCUUUCAUCACUCCUGGUCACAUUUGGUUUGAUCAGCGCUGCAGUAUCAAGUUUGUUGAGAUGUGGGCAAAAAUUUACCCGAUCACAUUUGAUUGACAAGCGCAUAGUCGGUGGUGUUACAAGUGGAUCAGGGGGRUGGCCAUGGCAAGUAGCACUACUGCUGGACAAUCGACAAGUGUGUGGGGGCUCAAUCAUCAAUCCUCACUGGAUUAUCAGUGCAGGUCACUGCUUCAAAGCUACUGAUAUUCAAAGCUCUAACUACUGUAAAAGAACAAUAGACUCAAGUGCCGAUUGUCAAGAAAACUGUACAGGUGAAAUAACGAAGGAUUACGGGUUUUACUUUAUAUUUGAUNAAUUUGACAAAAACAUCUACCCAAUCUGCCUACCGAGUGAUAAAGUUACCAGCUUGGUACCAGGAAAAAUGUGUUUCAUUACUGGCUGGGGUAGAAAUGGCUGGAAGGGGACUAGGGCAAACAGAUUACGGCAAGCCUCUGUUCCUCUGAUUUCCCAUGCUGAAUGCAACAAGAAAGAAUCUUACCAWGGAGAAGUACACGAAACAUCCAUCUGUGCUGGUUACGAAGAUGGAAGUGUCGACGCAUGUCAAUCUGACAGUGGAGGACCGCUGUCUUGUCAAGAGCGYGGGCGCUGGUAUCUCGCUGGAGUAAUUUCAUGGGGGAAGAAGUGCGGUCAGCCGCAUAAGUUUGGGGUGUAUGCUAAUGUGAAAAGACUGAAACCUUGGAUUAUUGACACUAUGUUYUACAGUAAAUAGUAUUUGGCUUGUGAGGUUAAGACAAACCCCCUGUAUACAAAAAUCUUUUUGUACCUUUAUGUGUGUACAUACUCAAAAGUAAAAGCUCAGUYCCAGACCCUUUUUUACGGUCGAGUUUAAUUUCAAUAGGUUUAAGAUCUACGCAACUGAUUAAUGCUUAGGCGAUGCGCAUGUAAGUGCAUAGAUUUCAUAAUGACAAACACUACGACAGUGUAUAGAUACCUGCUCACACRRCACACUUGUGGUGUGAACUCAAACGUACGCAGGAGAAUGCAAGUUCUUUUGGAUCCUUUUUCCAAGCGAUCAAUAGCUUGGCCGAARGGUGUGGGACAAGGCUAAUACAAAUCAAUGCAUGCAUGUUUUGGGSGUSSCUUUYYWUUACAUAUUGCACAUGCAAUAUUCUUUCAAUAUUGUUAUUGUUAAGUCUUAAUAUGGAACUUAUCCACAACUCAAAGUCGAUAUGUGAAUUCAUAAUUCUCAGUGAUAAUAAAGUUCAAGUGCACAUU